UUCCUAGAAGCCCAUGUACAGCUCCAAGAAAAUGGUCUUGACAUUCCUUCCUUACCUGUAUCCUAGUUGUCUUCCAUGGCCUCUCCAUCUCGGAAAUACCAUCUGCCCACCUAUUUAUAGACGCACCCAUCCAUUCAUUUCUCAUCCUCAGCAAAACCCACAUCUCAAUUCUCCAAUUAUAUCUCUAUUUUUCUCCAACUUCAUAGAUGGCGUCCUCACAAAACCAAAACCCAUCCCCCAACUUCCAUGACUACCUGCCUCUUAUGGCCCACAAGCUGGGCGGCGAUGGCCUAAUCGGGGAGCUAUGCAAUGGGUUCAAUCUUCUGAUGGAUAGUGAAAAGGGUGUGAUCACUUUCGACAGUCUGAAAAGAAAUUCUGCUCUAUUGGGAUUGCAAGACUUGAGUGAUGAUGAUUUGAGGUGUAUGUUAAAGGAAGGUGAUUUUGAUUGUGACGGCGCACUCAAUCAGAUGGAGUUCUGCGUUCUUAUGUUUAGAUUAAGCCCUGAGUUGAUGGAGGAGUCCCGGUUUUUGCUAGAGGAGGCUCUUCUACAGGAGUUGAAGGAUUUUUCUUAUUGAAUCUGUAUUAUUCUUGGGCUUUGAUUUCCCAUUUGGAUUUUUUUUUGUUUGAUAUUCUUUUGUUGGAUCUAAUAUUUACUGAUGCUAUUUAGACUAUGAAAAAUACAGAAAAAGAUGACAAAUUUACGCUU